AUGGACCCCAGAAACCAAACAGAUGUUUCAGAGUUUCUUCUCAUGAGAUUGACAGAGGAUCCAGAACUGAAGACCAUCUUCUUCAGACUGUUCCUGUCCAUGUACCUGGUCACUGUCCUGGGAAAUCUGCUCAUUGUCCUAGCUGUCAUCUCUGACUCCCACCUCCACACUCCCAUGUAUUUCUUUCUCUCCAAUCUGUCCUUCACAGACAUCUGUUUGAGCACAACCAUGAUCCCAAAGAUCCUGGUGAACAUCCAGACUCAGAAUCAGAGAAUCUCUUAUUCAGGUUGCAUCACCCAGAUCUGCUUUGUCCUGACUUUUGUUUGUUGGGAAAGUUUUCUCCUUUUGGUAAUGGCCUAUGAUCGCUAUGUGGCCAUUUGUCACCCACUGAGAUAUACAGUCAUCAUGAACCCCCAGCUCUGUGGUCUGCUGACCCUACUCUCCUUGUUCAUUAGCAUUGCAGAUGCCCUACUCCACAGUCUGAUGGUGCUGCAACUGUCCUUCUGCACAGACCUGGAAAUCCCCCUCUUCUUCUGUGAAGUUGUUCAGGUCAUCAAGCUGGCCUGUUCUGAUACCCUCAUCAAUAACAUCCUGAUCUAUCUUGCAGCUGGGGUACUUGCUGGUGUUCCCCUUUCUGGAAUCACUUUCUCUUACAUUCAAAUUGUUUCCUCUAUUUUGAGAAUGCCAUCAUCAGGUAGAAAGAACAAAGCUUUUUCCACCUGUGGGUCUCACCUCUCAGUUGUAUCCUUGUUCUAUGGGACAGCUUUUGGGGUGUAUAUUAGUUCUGCAGUUACUGACUCUUCCAGGAAGACUGCAGUGGCUUCCUUGAUGUACACUGUGGUCACUCCCAUAAUGAACCCCUUCAUCUACAGCCUGAGGAACAGAGACAUGAAAGGAGCUUUGAAGAAACUCAUUAGUAAGGUACUUAGAUUUUUGUGA